UAACACCAAUAACUAUCCGUAACUGUUGGAGAAAGACUGGUAUUUUGCCAAAUGAUUUUCUUAAUGAAUUGUUCCUGUUUGAAGAGCUUGACCAAAAUAAUGAAUCUAAUAUUACUAGUGAGAUUCAGUAUUUGAUCGAGCGAUUGCUUCUUGACCAACCUAUGAGUGCAGAUGAGUAUGUAAUUGCUGAUAAUAACCUGAUUACUACUGAAAUAUCUAAUGAUAAGGAGAUAAUCGAAGCUGUUAAGAAUCGAGAAUGUAUUGAACCAGAAGAAGAUAAAGUCACAAAUAAACCAAUAUCCUUCACACAAGCUUUAGAGUUUAUCAAUAGAAUCUUAUUGUUUCUCGAGCAGCAACCGGAUAGAGCCUUUCAAGUAAAUGAAUCUCUCAUUCGAAAUUUAGAAAGACUAAAAAAAGACGUAAAUCUGAAACAUACUGCUUCAAGUCGACAAGUCACCUUAGAUAC